AUUUAGUAAUAAGUUUAAGUAUUUAGUAUUAAGAAUAAGUAUUUAGUGUUAAGAGUUAGUAUUUAGUUGAGUUAAGUUUACUUUCAUUGAUCUUAAUGUAUCUCACCACUGAUGAAUUGUCUUCCUCUGAAUCAGUUCCUGCUCCUCUGUUAACAGUCUUCUUACUCCAGCUUCAGCCUCAACAGCAACAGUUAUCACCUGCCAGAACACCUGCUCCACCCUCCAGCCUCCACCUGUUACUUCUACCAGACAAAACAUCAGCCUUGAGCUGCAGCCUGUGAGAUGACAGACUCCUCUCCACCUGCAGCCUCUGUCUCUCUGUUGCCUACAUCCUCUACCAGCAGCUUCAGCAUCAAACUGCUGCCUCACUCUUCACCUGCAGCCUCUGUCAGCAACCUGCAGCCAUCUCCUCCAACUGCACAUUCUGUUGAAUGGCUGAACCUCCAUCUACAGCCUUUGCCAGUGCCUAUACCUCUCGAAGUGAACUGCUAUCCGAGCCUCCACCCACAGCCUCUGUCAGCAACCUGCAGCUUCCGCCUCCACCUGCAGAUUCCUACAGCCAUCUGAAGACGACCACUGGGGGAGUGGUCGUCUUCAGAUGAAGAUCCCCACAGAAAGCUGUGGCCAAACCUCCACCUACAGCCUCUAUAAGGAAACCUGCACAGAUGUUAUCCUACUGCCAUGUGGAUACCUGAGUGGAACAGCAAGGACCAGAGAAACACACGUAGAUAUAGUCCUUCAGUUAAUAUGCAAACAUAUUUCUGUGUUAUUAAAGCUGGCUCUCUGUUUACAUUCAGUUCACUUGUUCUUCUUCUCACAGGUGUUUUCAAACGUUGUGAAAGACUGAGCUCACACUCCUCAACAUGAACUUGACUGACUGUGAUGAUGCCUUCAUGAAACGAGAGAGCUCCACUAUCUACCAGGAGCUGCUUCAGGGCCCUGAGGACAACUCCUUUUACAACAGCUCUGUUCCAGAGAUGCUUCCUCCUCCUCCACAUCCUCCACCUUCACCACCCCUCCUGCUCAUCGCCAGAACUAAGAGUGCCCCACCCCAUCUCAGCAACCACCACCAGGUUCUCCUGCAGCCACCGCCCCCAUAUGUAGAUUCUGACAGACACUGCUGACAGCCAAACCUCCUCCUACAGCUUCUGCCA